UCCAGAAGACUACAGGGAACAAGCCUACACAUGUAUGCCAGAGGAAGUGGAUACUGAUACUAAGCUUAGCAGGUUGUGUGAGCAGGAUAAAGUGGUGAGGACGCAUGAGGAGAAACUUCAGCAGCUGUACAGAGAGAAGCACACACUGGAGACUGCCCUUCUGUCGGCCAGCCAGGAGAUCGAGCUGGGCUCCGACGACCCGGCUGUCGUUCAGCAGAGAGACUUGCUGCAGAGCGGCCUCCUCAGCACCUGCAGAGAGCUGUCCAGAGUCACCGCUGAGUUGGAGCGGUCAUGUAGGGAAUAUGACAAGUUGGAAGGAGAUGUGACUUUAGCCAAGAGUAACUUACUGGAGCAGUUAGAAGCACUGGGAAGCCCGCAGACGGAGCCUCCUAGUCAGCAGCACGUUCGCAUCCAAAAGGAGCUGUGGAGGAUUCAAGAUGUGAUGGAAGCUCUCAAUAAAAACAAAGCUCAGAGAAUCGCCGUCGAUGGGAUGGGUUUCUCUGGACCCAAAACCAACUUAAGCAAGCUCAAAAAUGAGGAGGUGGACUCUGUGCCCCCGCGGCCGCCCCUACCCCACUCUUACGAGCCCAACCCCACCAUCGUGCCCCCUCCAGCCCCUCACGCUGGUGUGCGCCCCUCGUCCCUCCACAGGCCAGAGGACAGGAAGGCCAACCACAGGAAUAGCACACACAGCGGACCUGAUUACAGACUUUAUAAAAGUGAACCAGAGCUCACCACAGUGGCUGAGGUGGAUGAGAACAAUGGAGAGGACAGAUCUGAACACCCAGCUGACAGAGAACACGCUGGAAGCAAAGGUGUGUCUUAUCCAGUUGGCAUCGUCCCACCCAGAACCAAAUCUCCAGUGCCUGAGUCUUCAUCUAUAGCAUCUUAUGUAACGUUAAGGAAGACCAAGAAACCUGACCCCAGAACGGAGCGUCCACGCAGUGCAGCGGAGCAGCAGCUGUGUGCUGCAGAGGGCAGCCGGCCCAGAAUGAGCGUAGAGGAGCAGAUGGAGAGGAUCCGUCGCCACCAGCAAGGUACCCUCAGGGAGAAGAAGCGAGCCCUGGGCGUUCGGGGUGGCAGCCUGGAGAGCACUCCCUCUCGCAGUCACUCCUUCACCACUAAAGAAAAUCACUUCCGCACCCUGCAGUCCCAAAUGAGGCGCAGAGAUGACUUGAUGAGUUUUGACAUCCAGGAGCUGGAGGCCUCUCUGAGGCACCAGGAGCUGGCGAGGGAGCAGGAGACGCCUGCAGAGGAGAUCGCUCGUCUGAAAGAAACCUCACAGGCUGAUCAUUUCAACCUGGACCGAGAGCUGUCUGUGCCCGACAAAGUGCUGAUUCCUGAGCGUUACAUUGAAUCAGACCCCGAGGAACCUUUAAGUCCUGAGCAGGAGGCUGAUAAGCAGAGGAAAGUUGACCGCAUCAAAGCCCUUAUAGCAAAAAACAGUAUGCCAAAUGUGCUACCUAGUUUGGCUUUAAGCCCAGAAGAUGAGAAUGAAGAGGAGGUUACUGUACAGGAGAAAGAGAAGAUGAUUAAUAUCUCCUACGAGUUGGCAGCAGAGGCCUCCAAACGCAGCAAGCUGGUAGCAGGUACAUCUCCAGAGGCCAAACGCAGAGAAGUGCGAAGCCUGUCGUCCUCUUCCCCACCCCUUCCACAGUCUCCCACCACACCCCCUCAACUCACUGACGGCUCUCACUUCAUGUGUGUGUAGUAGCAACACACAGGCUCUGGCCUCAGUGAAGACCUACACAUGAAGGGAUCUGCAGGGAGGGCAUGAAGCUCCUCCUGAGGACGUCUGUCCAGGAGUUCAGCACAAGGCUUUAGUCUACAGAAAGUGAAACUGCCUACAUCUUCACAGGGCUUAACCUUUGACUUCUGUACGCUCACUGUGACGUCUAAAGCUCUGAUGUCGCUACUAGUUUUUUUAAAUUAUUUUAAUUUUUGAGUGGCAUUUCUUAUGUUUUUUUUUACUUCCCCACCAUGGGGCUGCAGCGCUUUCAGCUUCUUAUUGUCAUUGGUGCCGUUUCAGUUUUUACAAGGUUUUAAAUUUUGUUUUCAUUAUUUAUACGAUUCUUUUAACUUGUUGUUGGAAUGUGUGCUGGUGUAUAUUUGAGAGACUAACAGACUGAGCUCUUUUUGCAAAUCUAAAGGCCUGUGACAUAAUAUUUUAGGCUGUGUCACAUUUUCCACCUUUUGUUUAAACACCUGUUCAAAAAUAAUAAUUCAAGAUAUGUUUGCAUUAUUAUUAUUAUUUUUUGUUCACCCAAAUCUUUUAAUAUUUAAUUCAGUUUGUUUCACAGAUAUUAUUAAUUAAUGAACCGGUCAUAUUUAUCCAUCUAUUGUAAAAAAAGAAAAAAAAGUCUAUAUUGAAGAGUAAUAAGAGAUAUGAUCCCUUCAUUAUAAAAAAAGAAGGGGUCACUUUAUCAUUGUAGACUAAUAAUAUUUGUAAUUUCUUAUAUUUCUGGUUAUACUUAUUUAAAGAUUAGAUCCUGUCAUUGACACAUUGCUGCCAAUACAUAUAUGAAUGUUCUGACUCGAGUCACUCUUCACUGUCCUUUUCUUAUUGACUGAAAGAUAUAUUUGAACAGAGAGAAGGGCACUUUGUUUUUCAAAGCUUGAUACUAUAGUUGGUUUAGAGCCCUGGAGUUAAAUAAAUAGGAUUUGCAUGUGUAAAAAGCAAUAAAAUGAAGCUUUUGUAAAUUCAAGAUAUUUUUGUGUGUGUGUACAAAGUGUAAUUAUCAGAGGUUAACUGUGUAUAUAAUGUACAUGGUACAUCUAUAUGAGAGGAUAUGUCCAGCAUAUAGUGACAGACCAGAGUUGAUUUGCAAAUGUUCAUAUCCCAUCUGUUUUAUAUCAUGUUAAAAUAAACGUAGCUGUUUUUAACAUC